CUCUCCCCUGUUUUCCACCACACCACCUCCAUUUCCGUACUUGUCUAGUCUCUAGUUGUCUUCCCCACCUCCGAAGCUUCCAGCUCCAGGGUUUAGCUAGGGUUCUUCUGUUCUUCAUCUAUCCCCAACCACAACAGCAGCCAUGGAGGAUGACUCCGCCUGGGAGCGCGCCAUUAACGCCGCUGUUAAGAGCGCCCCGCUUUCCCCCUUCUCCGCCCCCAAAACCCUAACCCUCGACGGCGCCGUCAAGUCCUCCACAGGUCGCCUCCCCUCGUCGGCCCUCUUCGACCGCUUCCCCUCCCUCGAGGAACUCUCCAUAGCCGGCGCCCGCCUCUCCUCGCUCGGCGGGCUUCCCCGCCUACCGGCCCUCCGCCGCCUCUCCCUCCCGGACAACCGCCUCUCGGGCGCCGAUUCCCUCGCCGCCGUCGCAGAGUCUUGCGGCGGAACCAUCCGCCACCUUGAUUUGGGCAACAAUCGCUUCGCCAAGGUCGAGGAGCUUGCGCCUCUCGCACCAAUCCAAGUCGAGUCUUUGGACCUGUACCAGUGCCCUGUCACCAAGGUGAAGGAGUACAGGGAGAAGGUGUUCGCGCUGAUUCCCAGCUUAAAGUACUUGGAUGGCGCGGAUGUUGAGGGUAACGAUCGUGUGGAGACCGAUGAGGAAGAGGACGAGGACGAGGAGGAUGAGGAAGGGGACGAAGAGGAGGUGGAGGGAGGUGAGGAGGGUGAAGAGGAGGGAGAGGAAGAGGACGGAGAGGGAGGGGAAGGAGAUGAAGAGGAUGGGGAGGAAGAGGAAGGAGAUGACGAGGAAGAAGGUGAUGAGGUUGAAGACGAAGAUGGUGAAGCUGAGGACAAUGAACCAGAUUCUGGUGCGCAUGAGAAAAGCAAAGUAACCAACGGAAGCAAAGAGUCCACAGGAUCUACCUUGCCAAGCAAGAGGAAAAGGGACACUAAAGAUGACGCUGAAGGAGACAACUAAUUUGGUUUCGGCAGUGGUUUUUGUUUGCCCUUGCAAAGGUUUUGGUCUCUGCAUUCUUUUCAGAGGCUCCUUUGCGGUGAGUGUACAAGACUUGGUAGUUUUUGUUAGAUGACAAUUGCCAAAGGAUUUUCUGAAAGUUCUCUAAUUCAUGCUCCUUCCUGUGUGAAUCUUCCGAUGUUACAACUGAAAUGCUGGUUCAUAUUCUGCUGUUGCUGAACUAUUAUCAUGAGUGUAUUAUAAAAGGUAUUCUGUUUUCUAUCUA